AUGGAUAUCUAUGAUACAACGGAUGCAGAACAUAGUUUAAUAGAUGAAGAAGGAAUCAACAGUUAUGAUACAGUGAUUAAAAAAAUCAUUGACGAUUUAUUCUCUUAUGAUGAUGUAAAAAGAAAGCGUAUACUAGACCAUUAUUACUUGCCAAAUGCUACAUUUGUAUCUCCCAUCCUGAAAUCAUCUGGAGUUCAUAAUAUAAAACAUAUUUUUCUAGUUUGGAAGAUGCUAAACAAAAUACCGCCUACGAUAAACAACAUUUGCUUCAACGGAAAGACAUGUGUUGUAUUUUUAGAGCAGACGUUAUGCCCAAGAAUGUUUCCAUAUAUCAAAGUACAACUACCAGUAACAGUCAUAUUAGAGUUUAGAGAGACAGACAAAGAUAGUGGAUUGUUAAAGAUCGAAGCACAUGAAGAACACUGGACAGUGGAAGGCAUCAUCAGCACAAUACCUAUUCUCUCAUUUUGGUAUGAUCGUAUUGUUCGAACCAUGUUUGGCAAAUUACUGACUGCAACGGGUGAAGCUGUUUAUACUGCAACUGAAACUGCGAGUUUACUCGUUCAACGAAGUAAAGAGAUUGAAGAAGCAAGAAGAAGGCUGGAAUUGGACAAGAAAAGUCAAGAAGAACCUUCCAUCUUGUUGACAUUAAAACAUUCUUGCCCUUAA